AUGCUCGGCCCAAUAAAGUUAAAUACAUACUGCUUAAAAAGUCAUCUUGCGUCCAACACAGCGUUGAUUUCUCAAUGGAAUACCAGAAUAGACAUUGACAAUAAUGGCGAAGGAGAUCUUCUUGGAGAUAAUGUUCUCAUUUUGCCGCCCAAGUGUCCGACAAAGUUGAACAUCCUUAUCAAAAUUAAGAGGAACGAUAUAGUUUUGACGAAAAACGAUUCUCUUUUAGAAGAGAUAUUAAGUACGUUUAAGAAAGGGCGCAAUUUCUGGGAAAAUUUACUAUACGAUAUUGAAUGUUCCAUUAAUAGUGAUUCAUAUAUUCAAAUUCAAUUAACCUGUAAACUUUGGACAUCAAAUAAAUUACUUACAUUAUUGGAAAAUCCCAUUAGUUUACGUCCACAUAUUACCGCUCAACCUUCAUUAGUAUUCAUUCGAAGAGUGAUAAUCCAAGCCCAUUUUAUUCAUUUGGAUGAAGAAAUAUUAGAUCUAUCUGAUAUAUAUUUUCAUUUCAAUGAGUAUUUUGCCUCCCUAUUCAUAUCAACCCUAGAGUUUCAAUUUCCACUAGUAUUUUCUAAUCUAGCCAGGAACCGUGCACGUUGGAACGAGUCUAGCUUAGCCCCAAUUUCAUAUGCAUUAACGGAAUCUUCAAGAUUAUUACCUUACAUGGUACAAUUGGUCAACAAUGAUACAACUGCAACCACUGCAUAUCAACUGCUAACUCGUGGAAGAAACAUUGAUCCCAUUGAUUUCCAACUUUUGAAAAUUUAG